AGAAUAUUAAAGAAGCCCAAGUCUUGAUUUUUGAUUGUGACGCGUGAUGAAGUUUUAUUUACCUGUACGUGUACAGCCGCUUCCUCAGCGAACGAAAUCACGGUAGCGUUAUUUGCUCGAUUCGAACGGUUAGAAAAAAUGGUAAUGGUUGGUUCCCGCAGCUUCUCACCACGACACACAGCUUGUGCGAGUCGAAGAGCAACGCCAGUUCUCCCCGCAGCUUUCAUCCUCCUUCUCUACGCUCUCCCCCUGCAAGCCCAGUUCCAGCACCUCCCUGUCCCGGAAGAACUUGAAGAGCUCGCCCUAAAUUCCACCGAAGCGGAGGAGGUUUUCGAGGGGAAGCGGAAAUACCUGCCGAAGUCCUACUUUCCGUACGAUUUGGAGCAGUACGCCAACGAGGCGAUGCUGACCUGGGUCAACCAGUACAGGAACCGGUACAACGAAACCCGGUACAUCGAGCAGGUGAACAAUUACCUGGAUUCGAUUAGCGACAAAAUGCUGUUCUUGACGAAGAAAGUGCAGGGAAAAAACUUCCCGGAUCCAGCCUUCGACCGGUGCAGGAUGCUGUUGCAAUCGGAUUUUUCUUCCAAAUUCCCAAAGAGCUGGACGAGCACAACCACGACCACGGCGGUGGCACUACUUCAUGUAGUAGCGACAACUUCGCACCAGCAGGAGCAACAGCAAUUGGCCGAACAAGAGGAAUAUCAAGAUCCAUUGCGAACCGAGAUAACAAGCAGUGAAAACGCAACGGCAGCGAUGAAGAAUGGUGGACAGAAUCAAGCACCUGGAUCAACAUCAUUUUCAUCUGCUUCGUCGAGGGUUUUCCACACCGCAGCUCUCGUUUUCAAUUUGAUCCGAGGUUUUCUCGGCGUUUUCAUCUCGGUUUCGUCGACGUUAGUGUCCUUCUUGACGUCAUUUGUCCUGGAAGUAGAGUCCCCUUCAACUACGUCGACCCAAAACUCGACCACGACGAGGGGAAACAAUCUCGACCUCCAAGGCCAAACCCCGGUGCUCGAAGCUGCGUCGCUCUCCGCGUUCCAAACGGAGCAGGACGAGAUUGAGUGGUGUAGAAGAUACGUCCGGGAAAAGAACAACCCGAAGUCGCCGAGACCGCUGCAAACGCCAAAUUUGCGGGGCAGUAAACGGACGAUGCGACGGACGACGUUGAACGAAACCGUUUCGGUCUCGCUGUUUUUCCUGUGCGGGUUGUUGGUGUGGCUGUGGGUGUUUUGCUGCACGACAUACUUUACCAAAGUGCCGGUGCACGCGCUGAAGAAAAAAGUGGGCGAGAAGAGCAGCAGUGGGAUAACUACAUCAUCAUCGUCGAGCAGUAAAAACGGUGAUCAUCGAGACAGAGUAACAAGUAGAGGAGGCGCUGUGAAGAUGAAAGCAGGGACAGGGUCCUCGUCGAAAAGUAGAGGCGGCGGGAACAAUUCGUCUGGAAUAUUAAGCGGUCCUCCACCGGUACGACCCCGGAUUCUCACGAACGCAGAUCAACAGAGGACAGCCGCAGGAGCAGGGAUUUCAACCACAACGUCUGCGGUAGUUCUGCCACCCCCACGACCCGCCGUAAUAAAUUCGUCAAGUAGCAGCAGCACCAGUGUCGUUAUCUCGUUGCAAGAACAGGAAGAUGAUGAACACAACAGGCGGGUCGAGAACACAGACUCCUUGUUGGCAACUCCGAGCGCUGCAUCUUCAAGACGAGCGAUAAACGAGGUUGUUUUGAGUACUUCUACCAACCUCGUCCACCCCGGGAGAACCGCGAUCGCAUCCUCUUUCUCCGCUUCUAACAACAUGAGUAGAAAUAGCAAUGAGAAAAAAACCAAGACUGCAAACUACACCACGACUGCACCUCUCUCUUCUACGACUUUUUCCGACAGCUUGUUUGAGGCGGUGGACGAGGAUGACGAAUUCGAAGCUGACCAAUUUGACGACGAGGACAUGAGCGCGACGGCUUCGCUACUUCUACAGCAGGAUAUCCUGUCCGAUGACGACGAGCUCGAGAGUCCGUCGGUCUACUCGCAGCGUCGGGGACGGGUGGUGAUUGAAGACUAGAUAUGGAUCGAGAUUAGGUACAUGUUUAAAAAGAGCAGGUAUGAUCAGAAAAUACGAAUGUACAAUGUAUGUAGUCAUUUGGAAUCUCUAAUGUUUGAAUUGAUGAAAGAGAAAGACAAAGACUGUAGUUGAGUCGUUGUUGACUUCAGCAAAACGAUUGGACGUGUAGAAUAGGGAGGUACAAUCGACUUGCUGAAGAUUUGUUUCAUCAUCUUUUUCGCAGCUCACGACCGUUCCGAAAGUUCUUGAGCUGUGAGCUCUUGACUAAGUAUGCGGAC